AUGAGACAACAACAACCAUAUUUCAUAAGACCUCCUAACCUUUCGUCUCGCCACUCCACAAAUAAGAUAAGCUUUCUUAAUAAAGAAGAUACCCCUUCGAACAGUUAGGGAGUUCGAAGGAAAACGCCCAAUCUUGCUCAUCCAUUAAGUUCACCUACACAUUUCAAAGAUAUGCAUCGCGUCAAUCCCGUUAAACGUAUUCCAACUCUAUAUUCGCCAUUACAUGACGGAUCCUUAUCAAAAUAUAAAAUUAUAAGUGAUGUUUCAGUAUACAAACUACCAACUACUAGGAGAAUCAAAUCCGAUGAUUAAAGUUCUAAUAUAAUACCCAUUAAAAAACAGUAGAGUUAACACAUCAAUAAUAUUAAGUUGCGAACUGAUAGAAGAAAAAAUUUUACUCCAUUAAUUAAAAUGAAAACAGAGCCUAAUGAAAUCGCUCAACAUUCCAUUUCUAAAUAAGAUGAGUCCCAAGAUAUUUUAUUUCGUCUUCAUAAAUAAUCAAUCCCAUAAGAACCCAGGGAUAAAUUUGCUUCAUUAUUGGGAGACAAAAUUGUUAGCAGUAUAAAAAAAAUAGACAAAAAGACUGAAAACUUUAUUGAACUAGAUCAAGAUAGUUAAUUUUUUUUAGAAACCAAAGAAAAUAAGAAAAACAAAGAAAUCCCUGUUUUAAAUCAAUAAACUAAAGAGAGAAUUUUAGAUUUACUUUGUUUGUCUACACAAGAUUUAAAAAAGAAAUUCGCUGAAUAAAGUAGAGUAGGGAAUUCUAAAAUUAAUACAAGGCAGUCUAAUAAGUUAAUCAUUCCUAAAAAUGGCAAAUCUAAAUUUCCAUUAGAUUUUUUUAAUGCUCUCGUACCAAAUUCUAUUCUUAAUUGA